UCGGUGUUCUGUUAUCAUCCGUUGUAAUUCUAUCAGCUCAAUGGCUUCCACUCAAAUAUGAAUCAAAUCAAUCUCGUUUCCUUAUGAUACUCACAAUACGGCAUGGAUUCCUCUCCAAGCACCAGUUCUGGUGCUGUUCGCAAGAAGCCUCGAGUGUCCAUUGCAUGCACCAACUGUCGUGCUCAGCAUUUACGAUGCGAUGCCAAAAUGCCAAAAUGCUCUCGCUGUACUUUCUUAGAGAAAAAAUGCGUCUAUAAAGAUUUACGGCGCACCAAGACAGCAGCCUGCCGUUCCUCCGUAUUGGACGAGGUGGCUGAGGCGAUCCCAUUGAGCUCGACAAUCACUCUGGAACCAGUCACAACGUUCCCGUUGACCCCAGCAUCGGUGACACUGCAGCAAUCAACUUCAAAUUCAAUGCCUUUACAACCUUUGAGUCAACCAGAAACGCUCUCAUCAACGCCAAAUCGACUCUUGGACUCAUUCUACUCAUGGUUCUUCCCAGCGCAUCCUUUCGUCCUGCCCAGAUCAAGGUUCGAAUCAUACUGUCAGAAAGAUCCAGGCGCUAUAGCAUCGCUUAAGUCAGCCAUGGAAUUGAUUGGUUCACAUUAUGAACAUAGAGUGUUGGAUAAGAGCAGCCGGCUAGCCUUGGAACAGUGCUUGAGCAAACGGCUCGCUCCAUCUGUUUUUCAGGUCCAGGCGCUAAUGUUAUAUGCGUUGAUACUUGAAUGGAGCGGCGACUGUCCUGAUGCUGAGCAAAUAUUGAGCAAAUCAAAAUCUAUGGCAUUAGAUAUGGGUCUACAUUGGCGCAUGUUCACCGACAAACAUGGACGCGGGGACAGUGUCCUGCAAGAGAGUAUGCGCAGAACCUGGUACGAAUUGUAUAUACUGGACAGCCUUUUUGCCGGAAUCCGUCAUCUGCCCACUUUCGAGCUCCACAGUGUCGACUUUGACGUGGACUUGCCUUGCGAAGAAUCCGACUACACCUCACUUACCAUCCCCACGCCUCGUUCACUGGCGGAAUACGACAACCGCGAAUUUGAAUAUGGCGAAACAACUUUUUCUUCCUAUACAUAUCUAAUCGAUGGUGCUCGAAUUCUAGGCACUUGUCUAGCAGCGGGCGAUGUUGCUGGCAAAAAUCCGCUGGAUCUUGUCAAGAAUGCCGAGGCCAACGUCAUGAGCUGGCAUCUUCACCUUCCUGCAAGCAAGCGAGACCCUGUUCAACAAAACAAUUUUGUAGAUGAAGUACUCUUUAGGGGCCAUCUAAUGAUCCAAACCGUAGCAACUCACCUCCACCGGCCACGAUCUGUGCUCGAAUACAGUACAAUGGAACUUUUGUGUUCAAGAUACGCACCUCCUCUGCCGGCUGAGGUCCUUUCACGAGAAGAGCGCCAAAGUGACCGGCACACCUCCAAAGCCAUACUAGCUGCCAAAGCAUUCGUCGAUUUACUAUCUGUUCCAGCGCCUCCUAUUUCUCAUUCCCCAUUCGUUAUGUGCAUGGGUUCGCUAGCCAUGGCCACGCAUCUAUCGGCGUGUGAAUACAUGCUCAAGGGACAUGAGUAUGCGCAUGCCAAGGAUCGUGUCCGCGUCUUCCUAGGCAUUCUCAAGGCUUUCGAAGGCAUCUGGCCACAAGCUACGAAGUGGUCAAGCGAAGUCAAGUUCAUGGCCAAGGCUGUUUUCGAGGUGAAAGACUCGCAAGGAUUGCCCUCGCGUUCUAGCCAAACCGUGGGAAACAUCAGCAUGGAUAUUUUAGACAAGGAUAGAGUGGAAGAUCUCAAUGUAUAUUUUGACACAACAGCAACCGAAUCGACCGAAUCGUAUCCGCCGAUAUGAAUAUAUACAAAUUAAUCAUUUCAUUUUUAGAAUAAUAAUAGUACAUACUUAAAACUGGAUCACAACCUUGCCCUUCCUACCACGCUUGGCGGCAUGUUCCCAUGCAGCUUUCGCGUCAUCAACUCCGAACUCCUCAAUAGCUAGAGGCUUCAAGACAUUUUCCUCUAUGAGGCUUCCGAUAUGGCGAAGCAUUUCAGCAUCUGGCGAUACUAUAAAGAAUGUCCACUUCACAUUCGGAUAAGUCGCCAACUCCUUUGGUUCACCGCGGCCAAACGCCCAUUCUGGAAUAGGGUCUCCGACAGUAACAAGGUGACCAUCACUUUUCAGUGUUUGCCAACACCUGUCAAGCGUUUCACCGCCAACUGUAUCAAACACAAGAUCCAUAUCUUUGACCUUCUGAUGCCAGUCAGGAGCGCUGUAGUCGAUGCAUUCCUUCGCGCCAAGGGCUACCACAUCGGCCUGUUUCGUACCCGAAGCCAGUCCAAUCACAUGUGCGUCCAAGAGCUUGCUAGCCAUUUGAACAACCAUGCUUCCCACGGCACCAGAUGCACCAGUGACAAACACCUUUGCUCCCCGUUGCAGCUUAGCGUGGGUAAACACUCCUUCCCAGGCAGUGAGUACAGGGAUAGGAAGCGCAGCAGCGCUCUCAUGAGAAAUCGUCUUUGGUUUGAUUGAAAGCUCUGACGCCAUAACGGGAGCGUAUUCGGCCUGGCCUCCCUGUCUUGCUGAAGCAGCAAUCAUACCAAAGACUUCAUCGCCAACCCGGAGCGGACCGUUGUAGCCAGGGCCGAGGCUGUCGACAACACCCGAGAUGUCGUGGCCAGGUACUUGGUCUUCAGAAGCGUAAAGUUCUGGCCAAGAGACUUCGUCUGCGGUGAUUCCAGCGGCUUUGACUUGGACAACAACUUCAUUUGCGGCGGCUGUUGGCUUCGCCAUGUCGGAGGUGAGAGAGAUGGUGUGGCUCUCGGCGGAGCCUAAGAUUUGUACGGCCUUCAUUUUGAUAUGCGAGUCUUUGUUGUUUGAUUCACAUAGCUAUCAUAGGUGCUACCUCAGUCGGAUUUAUAUACUCCUUUGACUAAGCGCAUAACGUAUCAAUCACGUUACGGAUGGCUGAGCCCCGGGUCGGGUCAUUCGGGUCGGGUCCCCCGCUCCGGCCCGGUGUGGGUCUCAGCGCCGUGCGAGCCGGUCCUGGGAAUAGACUGUGUGAUUUGUGGCAUGUGUGUACUGAUUCGGGGUAUAUUCAAGUAAUGUCGCUACUAAUAGGCUAUCUCCUCUUUGGCAUCUUCUUUUCUUCGAGUUCUUCGAUAUCCUUCUUUUUAUGGAAAUGCGGCGCUAGUUCCGCAAGCCAUUUCGCUUCAAUAGGCAUAACGCUGCGCAUAUACUCCUUUGUAGUCUGCACCAGUUCAAAGUACACCACCAUUUUCUCUGGCGGGUUAACAGACAUCAAGACACUGCUGGGAUGGACCCAUACGGUGGCAUUGCUCUUGACCGUGCGGUAGCUGUCACCACUUCGCUGCAGUCUAGCUGCGUUGGGGAAGAAGCCAGCCGUAAUGGCUCGCUUGAUAGGGAUGAUGUUUGUAGCGCCGCAUGUUGAUGGCGCAACUUCCACGCGCUCGCAAAGCUUCGAAAGUUGAUCACGCACAUCUCUAGCACGGGUCAAUGAUCUCUGCUGCAGGAAGUUCUCCUUUGACCAUACAGGGGAGAAGUCGCUGUCAACCCACUGAUUCCAGAUGUUAAGUAGUGUGAUAUGGUCGCCUCCAUCCUUGAUGGUAAAGCGGUUCCUUGCACUGUCGGCAUGAAUCUUCUUGUCCUUUGGUCGGAAGAAUAGCGCAGAUGCCUCUCCGAGCAUAGAAACAAUAGAUAGCACCUCUUCGACACAGCCCUCCUUAUCAGCCGCCAAAACAGCCUUGGCCAGCGUCGGCUCAGUCGGAAAUUCAGCCAUUUGGCGCCCCAGUUUCGUCAGUUCGCCCUUGUGGUUCAGUGCCUGCAAGGCAAACAGUUGGUUCAGAGCUCCGAUGAGAGACUCUGUGGGCGGCGGGUCCAUGAAUUCAAAAUCGAGUAACUCGUUGAUGCCAAGAGACUUUAGCUGAAGCACAACACUAUUCAAGUUGGUUCGCUGAAUUUCUGGCGUUGGCGACUCGUCCAUUUCGUUCAUAUACGCAAACUUGGUGUACAAGCGGAAGCAUUUACCCGGUCCGACACGGCCAGCACGACCACUUCGCUGGUUUGCAGAAGCUCUCGAGCAUGGCACAACAAUGAGAUUCGACAUGCCAGUGGCCGGGUUAUACACGUUCUCCUUGACGUAGCCAGGAUCGAUAACGUAGACGAUGCCGUCAAUAGUCAAACUGGUUUCGGCAAUGUUUGUCGCCAAGACUACUUUGCGGGCUCCUUCUGGAGUCGGUUCAAAGAUUUUCGCUUGUAGCUCAGAAGGCAGGUUUGCAUAAAUCGGGCAAAUCACUAGCUCCUUGACUCUGUUACCGAGCUUUUUGGCUGUUUCAGCAAUCUCCUGUUCUGCUGCCUCAAUCUCAUCCUGACCAGUCAAAAAGAUGAGAAUGUCACCCUUGCCUUGGGUAGUGUGUAUUUGAAAGACAGUGGUGAUGGCGGCAGCCAGAUAGUUUGCUUCGGGUGCUGGCGUGUAGUAAAUGUCGACUGGGUAUCUUCGGCCAGGGAUAUUGAAAAUGGGCGCAUCAUCAAAAUACGCUGCAAACUUCUCUGCAUUCAUGGUGGCGGAGGAAAUCAGUAGCUUGAGAUCUUUGCGUUCUCUUGCAAGAUCUUUGACGAGCGCAAGUAGAAUAUCAGUAUGGACAGUACGUUCGUGGGCUUCGUCAAUCAUCAGAGCUGAGUAGCCUGCCAAGUCAGGCUCAGUCAUGAAUUCUCGAAGAAGCAUACCGUCAGUCAUGUACUUGACUAUUGUCUUGUCACUCGUGUUGUCAUCAAAUCGUACUGAAUAGCCGACUUCGUUUCCGACCUUGACGCCCAUUUCUUCUGCAACACGGGUAGCAACACUCAUGGCGGCAACUCGACGGGGUUGAGUACAUCCGACCUUUUGGCCAUUCUUAGUGUAGCCUGCUUCGUGUAAAUAUUGGGGAAGCUGUGUUGUUUUACCACUGCCGGUUUCACCGACAAUGACAAUGAUUUGAUGGUCUUCAAGCGCAGCCAAGAAUUCGUCCCUAUACUGGUAAAUGGGCAAACUAUUUCGCGUCUCUUGAAUGCUUAGUGCCUUCUUCUCGGCGGCGUCGAUCUGCUCCUUCAAGAACCGCUGUUCUUUGGUAAGGCCAUCGGGAUUCUCGCCAGCCAUUCUCGAGUCCAAGGUCCACUGAAUGUAUUGUGUAUCGUCCAUGACAUAGUCGUAGUCUUCGUUUACCAACUCGGGUCGGCUAAUCUGAGAUUUGAUCUUGGAUGCUUGGUCACGCUCCCAUUCGUCGUGCUCUGUGAGAAACCUCUCUUGGCCUUGCUCAUCGCGGUCAACAUAUCGUUUGUACAUGGCGUCCUCCUUCUUUCUGCGAUCCAGCUUUCCUUUUUCAGUGAUGUAAUCCUCUGGCAUUACGUAGCCAUCGCGGUGGUCGUCAAUUCGUAAUCUCUCCUCUGCUAGUCGCAGAAUCUCUCUAUUUUGGGCAAAAUCUGCUUUUUCCCUUUCUGACAAGCGUACACCACUUUCCAGUUCGGCGGUUUCGUCGGCAACUUGCUUUCGCAGCAACGCCAAUCGUUCGACCUCUCGCUUCUUAAGAUAUUCUUGACGCGCGCGUUCGCGCAAGCCAGGCAUGGCAGCUUCUCGGGCGACGGCAUCAUCGGCUAGUUGUCGACGAGCAGACGCCUCACCAUCUCGGUGAUCCUUUUUCGAUUUGCCACCGUCUUUUUCCCUAAGUCGCUUCGCAAAGGCCUCUCGCUCUUCAAUAUCCUUUUGUCGAUUGCGCUCCUCUCGCGCGCCAUCGGAAAGCUCAUCGUCGGGCGUUUCUUCGUGGUCGAUUUUGAUUCGUUUGUUGGCCGACUCUUGUCUGUCUGAUUCGUCCAUUUGUUGCUCUUCUUCUUGUUCUUCGUCUGCCCAGCGAUCUUCAAAGGCAGCGUCGUUGUCGCGUUUGCGAUACGACUUGGAAGACGUGUGUCGGCUAGAGGUGUUAUGUCGUGGAGACCUUGAACGGCUGUCGUCGCGAUGAUGUCUUGAUGAUUUCGAGGGGCGAUCACUCCGUUCACGGCUUCGGUCUCUAUGCCUUCGAUCAUCUCGGUCUCGGUCUUGGUCUCUAUCGUGAUCACGAUCUCGGUGUCGUCUGCGAUGCUUCUUGUCUUUGGAAACCUUUUGAGGGCCGACCUCGCUGUCUUCCAUAGGAAGGAAGGCGUAUUUCUUGGAACUCAUGUCGACCGCUAAUUCCAAUUCCCUCAAAUUCUCCAAUAUAACCCGUCGGACGAAAAUAAAGACGCUGCGUCGGCAAAGAAAACCGAGCUCGUGAUGUUUCGUCGAUUUUCUGCCAGUGGCUGCCUUGAAGUAGCAUCUGGCGCGCCAGCCAAUCACAGCGCAGCAAAAAUUACAGGCGUUGACAC